ACACACACACACACGCACACACGAGCGCGCACAUCAGCGCUCGUUUGGAAACACUUUUGGUGCGCGUGCACGCGCGAGUCGUCACACAUGCGCGGUAGUCGGGCUUCCACGCAUACGCGCGCUCCACCUGAGCGUCACCGGCGGUUACCCGGGAGUGAGUUCAUUUCCUUGGUGUGGAGGCUCGAUUCCACUUGUCCAAUUCGGCUCCCAGCUGCGUUCAUUCAUCGCGCGCACGUCGGAACCACCGAGAGAAUCGGAGGCAGAAUCUCCUUGAGGGUCCAUUCGACUGAUCUGGCCUGGCCUCGCCAUUCAGCGAGAUGAUUGGGCAUCACUCGUCGGCGGGGGCCUCCCUCCACCAUGCCCGCCCAUGACCUCAGUGAGGCAGCUCCCGUCCGUCAGCCCCCGGGAGGCACGCGAUGGAUGGCGUCUUGCCGGGCAAUGAGGACAAGAUGGCGAACAGAAUUCCGCCACCUCCGCCUCCCCCUCCUCCCCCUCCUCCUCCUCCGCCACCGCCUCCCCCUUCACUUGGAGGCCUGAAGCACAACAAGAGGGUGAGAAGUUUCUUCUGGAAGACAAUCCCGGAGGAGCAGGUGCGAGGGCGCGCCAACCUGUGGACGCAGGACCAGGCGCGGCAGCGCUACCGAAUUGACGCCAACACGGUCGAAGAACUCUUUGGUCAGAAGGAGGGGCUGGAUGGCGGCAGACUCGCGAGGGGAGGAAGCGGCAGAUCCUCACUGCGUGAUGCAAAGAACCAGGUCUCCAUCUUGGACACCAAGCGAGGCAUGAACGUGGGCAUCUUUCUCAAACAGUUCAAGAGGUCCAACCAGGCCAUCAUUGACGACAUUCGCCGUGGCAACAGUGAGCCUUACAGGGCGGAACCUCUACGAGAGCUCAUGAAGCUUCUGCCCGAGGCGGACGAGGUACCGCACACAUUUCUGCUAACCGAGGUUGUUUUGGGGAAUCCUUGACUCAGCAACUUGUUCCAAAUCCCAUUUUUAUGUACAACGUACGCUGAAAUACCUUGAUAGAUAUUUGGGAGUCGAAAAUCAUCAAUUCGCUACACCUGAAUCACUUCACAGGGAUUUGUAUGUACUUCCACGAUCCACUUGAAUCAUCAGUCAAAUGAAAAAA